AUACAUUUCAUAUUGCUCUUCAGUCGACAAGGGAAAUUACGGCUGCAGAAAUGGUACACCACUCUCCCUGACAAAGAAAGGAAAAAGAUCACCCGGGAAAUCGUUCAGAUUGUUCUGUCUCGUGGUCACAGGACAAGCAGUUUUAUUGACUGGAAGGAGCUAAAGCUUGUUUAUAAAAGGUAUGCUAGUUUAUAUUUUUGCUGUGCAGUAGAAAACCAGGACAAUGAGCUCUUGACGCUAGAGAUUGUGCAUCGUUAUGUGGAGCUGCUGGACAAAUACUUUGGAAAUGUCUGUGAGCUGGAUAUUAUCUUUAACUUUGAAAAAGCUUAUUUUAUAUUGGACGAGUUUAUAAUGGGUGGAGAAAUUCAGGAAACAUCCAAGAAAUCCGCUGUCAAAGCUAUUGAAGAGUCUGAUAUGUUACAGGAGACGUUGGAAGAAUACAUGAACAAGCCUACAUUUUAACUGUACAUCUUCUUGAAGACUCUGAGUGCUACAUGUUGUGGACUUGUAAAGAAGCAAUGCCUUGCAUCCAGUUAUUUGAGAGAGCCUCCAGCAUCAUGCCAAAAAUAAGUUAAAAGGGAUUUUUUUUUGUUAACUAGCAAAGAUUAAAGUUGUUUAACAUAAUAUAUUUAUCAUGAUUACAUUUCUGUAUUAUACUGUAUAUGAUUACUUAUUGUAGCUCUGGAUGUUAAAAUCACUGCUCCAUAACUCAAGAGACUGAACAUUUGUUUGCAAUGUGUUAGCUCCAUGUAAUAUUUUUAAGCUAAUUUAAAUACAUUUGUUGCAAUAUGGUUUCGAUGCAUUUGAUCCCUUACUGACAGGCUGAAAACUGUAUUGUAAUAAUUCAUGAUUUUGAAUGUGAGGUUUAUCUUGUAACAAUACUUUUCUAAAUGUUUAGCUCUUAAAAUGGUAUGCUAAUUCAAAAUUAUGUUAAUAGUUUAGUGUUCAUACAUAAUGCUAGACAUUUUUAAUAUACUUGCUAAUACUGUAAUUUCAGUCCAGAUACAAUGUAUCUGAUUUUAAUGUCCUGAAUUUAUUUAUUUUUUCAGGGUUGGAAUAAAGUAAAACAACCAAAGAUAGUAUAGGACUUAAGUGUUUUUGAGGCUUUGGAAGCUGCUAUCUUGGCUGAGGUUUUAAUUUUACCUUUUAAUUGAAUAUAAGGGACAGUUCAAUAAGGUUGUGUUUUCUACAAACUAUGUAUUUAUUAAGGUUUUUAGAGACCUGGUGAUAUAGUAUCUAUGUCUUUUCUUAUUAUAAAAAUUGUAUAAUAGAGAUUACUAACAAUAGUAAUUGUUAUUACUACUACUAUUUUAAUAACCGAUGUUCUAAGCACUCUUAGUUGCUUGAGAGAUUUUGUUUCAAAUACGUUUUAAUGUAUGUCUAAGAUAUUUGAAGACUUACUGUUUAUUAGGCUUACUUCGGGCAUUUAAUAAUAUUAUUGCAGCCUAUAUGCUAGAUGCCUUUUCUCCGUUUUCCUUUCCUUGUCCCCAAAGAAAAUAUCUGCUGCUCAUCCUUAUUAUUGUGAAUGUGUCACAUUCAUGCUUCCUGGAAUGGAAGUUCUAUAUAACCAGGUAGUGAAUAUGCUCAGACAUUGCCAGGAAAGAGCUUGGAAUAUCCCACCUUGGUGUCCUGUCUUACCUGUGCAUUUUCAAUGUUAGCAUUGAGGUCUGGUAUCAUUCAGACUGGAGUGGUGAGGGACACUCAAGUGCUUUUCCUAAGAAUGUGUUUGCUAUUGGAUUCUCUAGGAGAUCUCAUAGGGUCGACCUUUAGAGAACGUGAGGGGAAAAUGCUCUUUGAUUCAUCUCACCAGAUAUAUUUAGGCAAAAAUAGCAAGAGCAGAAGAACAGAAGGAAAAUUGACCAGUUCCUCAAUAUAACCAUUAUUCAAUGGGAAUAACUCAGAUUAGUAUGUAAUUAUUGGCCUCAAUAUAUUUCCUCAAUCAUGUAAUGACAAUUAUGGUAUCAGGUUGAAGUUUCACUAUCAUUUUGGAUCACUUUGUUUACUUUAGGUCUUCAGUUUGUGCUUUAGCUUUUUGUUGUUAUUCAUAUGGUGAAACUAUUUUUAAAAGCAGCUUAGUAAAGAUGGACUUUAUGAAAAUCCUUCACAGUUUUCCUGGUUCUUUUGACGUUUUCCACCAUUUUGGGAUGAAGGUAUUUAUUGAAGCUCAUUCAAAUGUACUAUACAUAUUCUGGGGAAUUCCUUAUUAGACACUGCCUACCAACAGACAGGACUUCUCAGGCUUCCUGUCAGUGUCACACAUAGAAAACGGACAUAAUGAUGUGGCACUCUGAGGUAAAUCUGAAGAACUUGGGGGACAGCUGGUGUGAGUCUUGGUGAAAAUCUUCAUUAUGUUUUCUUUGUAAUGUGUAAUUAUAAUAAAACUACCAAGUGAAAGAAAA